AUGGAGGAGGUUGCAGGGACUCUGCAGGAAGUCCUGCAGUACAUGGGAACCUGCCAAGACGAUUUGGGACAGCUGUCACGAUCAUUGGUUGAGCUUGCGGAACAAGAGGGCGGGCGCUUAGAGCAGCUGCUGCAGGAGGAUUUGGCGUUACUGCGACAUGUAACAGACUUUGUGGGCGAUAUCGCAAAAUGGUCUGGCACUGAGGACCAGUGCGUACCCUUCGAUGAGCCUUUUUCGCUGUACCCCGCCUGCGACAUCGAGCACGAGCAGGCCUUCUGGAAGAGCCAUCAAGAACAGGUCAUCGACGCCGGAGCAAGGGUGUUUGAGGGUCAGGCGGGGUUGGGAGUGCCUCAGGGACUCGCGCGAUUUUGCAGCGGCCCGGUGUGGUCCGAGGCAGCUUUGCUGACAUCACUGUACCACGCUGCAUGCUCCAGGGGUGGCGGGGGUCAGAGCUGCUCCAUAUUCAUCGUGCAUCCCCAUCAAACCUACCUGGAGGAGGUGGGCAGGAAGCUGGCGGAAGCCGGGAUCCCCCACUCCACCGCCGUGGGGACCCUGGAGGAUGGUGGCGCCGUAAUGGUUGCUGCGGCCGCGGCCGGCAUCGCCGAUUUUGAGGAGCACCUCUGGCUGGGAUCUCUGCUCGAAACAUUCUACCUGAUCAGGCACGAGAAGAAACAGCGGGGGGAGUUACCGUUGAUGGACACGCCGGAGAGCAUUGCAGAGGAGUUGGACGCGCACGCCGCGAGCUGGGCGGCGCUGGUGGGGGACCGUUACGGGCUUGUCACCGUAGACAUGCCCGACCUGGCGCCAGGCACGGCCUUCCCGGCAACAGCGCUGGUUCCAUUGCUGCGCUGUUGGCGUUCCCUCCGAGGCCAGCCCCCCAUCCCGGCCGCCGCGCUCCUCGCCGCAGCCGCCAAAGCCGGCUUGGUUCCUCGGCCGGACUCAAGCAUUCGAUUCUCCAGGUCUCAGGCGGCGAUGAUGCUGACUCACCUGGUGAAGGUUCCGCUGACGCUGCGCCCCGCCGUGGCCGCCGACGUUCCCUCCCUCAUGCGCCUGCAAGCCAAUUCUGGCGCCGCACCCCAGGCGAUAAUGGGGGAGGCACAGCUGGCGGAGUGUCUGAUGAGUCACCCUCGCCUCAGCGUUGUCGCUGACUUCAGCGGUGACAUCGUUGCAGCGCUUACAGCGCAACCCUCCCAGGGGGAUGCAAAAGCAGUGGAGCUGGCGUUCGUGCACGUGGGUCAGGAUCUGGAAGAGCAGCAGGAGCUGCUGGAGUGUCUCCUGGCAUUCGUGCUGCAGUUUCUGCUGGCGGACGAUGACGUGGCGUGCCUGCUGCCAGGCCGGCUGCCGCUGUCGGCGCGGCACGCGCGCAUAGCGGAUUUCUGCUACGUGGCGUUUCCGGAGGACAGCUCAGCGAUACGAGAGAUACAGUUUGUGCCUAAUCUGGACUUUGACGCCCUGGUGCGGGGGGUACUUGCGGCGGGGAGCGGGGGGGCCGCGGUGGUGACCGGUGGGGGGACCAGCGGCGCCACUUUUGGCGCCGGCAGGGAAGAAUCCGCGGCCGCUGCUUCCAACGGCGACUCGUGGCCUGACAUGGCCGAAGGUGAUGCAGAAGCAGACAGCGGUGUGCUGGCUGCGCUGGCUAGCGAGGAGUCCCCUAUGGACGAGGGGGAGGACCCGGUGGCCACCGCUGUGCGGGCGGUGGUGCACGAGUAUCUGGCGGUGGCGCACGGAGGGGACCCGCCGGGGGAUUUUGCCGACGACACGCCCUUCAUGGAGGCCGGGCUCGACUCCCUUGACCUGCUGAAGCUGGCGAGUCUGCUGGGCAGCGAGUUGGGCAUGGCGCUUCCAAGCACGCUCGCGUUCGACUUCCCAACGGUAGAGGCCAUAGUGGCGUUCGUUGCGGCGCCCCCCGAGCCAGAACAGGACGCGGGCGCACGCGAGCGACGGCGUUCCUCCUUCGCGCAUCUUUUCUCCCUCGGCGGCGGCCGCUCGUCCCUCACCGACGUCUUCCGGCGGUCGUCAUUCGCUGCCGGGGGACGCCGUCGGACGGGCUCGGUGUUCCGGGGCAGCGGCAUUCCCUCCGCCGCGCUCGCGCCGUUAGUCAGCGGCGUUCCCUCCGACUUCUCCGCACCCGCCACGCUGGACGACUUCGGCCGCCGCCGCAGCCGCAGCAUUGGCCGGCCGCUUGGCGCCGCUGACGGCCGGCACUCUGCCGCUUUGCUGCGCCGGGAGAGUGUUGUGGAGGAGGGUCGGCGGGCGUCUGCCGCGCGUCGCAGCAGCAGCGCCUUUAUGCAUGCGCACCUCGCCAUGAUCCCGGCCGGCAGCCGCCGCGGAUCCGUGCUCAUGCCGGGCUCUUCGGCCCUCAUGGCUUCAACACCCGCCCUUCAGGUGGUAGUAAUGGACGCGUUGGCGACCCGGGUGGCGGCGGGCCCAGCGGGCAGCGCGGAGCUGUUCCGGGCAGACAUGAUCUGCCCGGUGCCGGUGACUCGCUGGGACAAUGACAACGCCGCCGUUGCCCGGCUUGGCGGCCGCAACCCCACCCGCUUCGCAGCGCUCAUGGACGGGGUGGAUAAAUUUGACGCCGGGCUGUUCAAAAUAUCCGGCGCGGAGGCGGCGGCUAUGGACGCGCAGCAGCGCCUUCUGCUGGAAGUGGCGCACGAAGCAAUCGGUGCAGCCGGGACGCCAGAAUUCAAACCCAAGGCGGCAGCAGCUUCUGUUGCAGCCGAUCCGACGGGGGUGUUUGUGGGUAUAAGCUACAGCGAGUACGCGCAGCUGUCGGCCGCCGUGUCUCCCAGUGUGUCAACCUAUACAGCAACCGGAGGCAGCCUCAGCGUGGCAGCCGGGCGCAUAUCGUACAUGUUUGGACUGAAGGGCCCAUGCGUUGCCAUUGACACCGCCUGUUCAUCCGGCCUCGUGGCCAUCGCGCAGGCGCACAAUGCGCUGAUGCUGGGAGUGACGAGCACUGCUCUGGCGGCAGGCGCUAAUCUGCUGCUCUCGCCGCAAACGCACGCCAUGUACUCCAUUGCAGGCAUGCUGGCGCCGGACGGGCGGUGCAAGACGCUGGAUGCGGCGGCGGAGGGGUAUGUGCGCGCUGAGGGCGUGGGAGCCGCCUGGCUUCGCUGCCUUCGCAACGUGGCCGGCGCCACGCUUGGCAACAGCCGCCCGGCUGCUGUGGUGUUGCACGGCUGCGCGCUUAAUCAGGACGGCCGCUCCAGCAGUCUGACUGCUCCCAACGGACCGGCGCAGCAGGCGCUCAUCAGAAGCGCGCUUCAGGCGGCCCACAUGCCACCCUCCAAGGUAAGCAGCUGCCAUGGAUAA